AUGGGGAGUUUACGGAUUUUGUUGUUUGCACUGUCACUGCACGGCCUGCUGACGCACGGCGCCAAGCUGGGCGGUGGAUCGUGCAAAAAUUGUAAAAAUAAGAAUGCACCCACCAACAGUCAGCGGUUAAUAGCGAGCCCGAUCAAUCUGCUCAACCCCGACCGGUACGAGUUCUUCACGCUGGACGAUAAAGGUAAGGUGGUAAAGCGCAUCAUGACGUUCAAGGAGAUACAGAGCAUCGUGGCCGGAAGUGAUAUUACGGAGCUGAAGCUCUUUGCCAAUAAGCACAACAACGAUCGGAUCGUGUCGAGUGUCGUGUCGAACGUGCGGAACGUGCUUAACAAUGAGCUGAACCUGCUGAAUGGGCACGACCCAAUCGAACAGGCGGUGCUGCCAAUAUCCGACGUAAUCAAUGUACCGCCCGAACCUUCCGCUACCGCAACGAUGUACGACGUGCUGAACAAGCUGGGCGAAAGUUUGGUAACAGCGACCGCGAAAAGGACAACGACUACGCAGGCAACAGAGAUUACGGAGCAAACAACGGCAUCAACGACCACUACGGUACCAGUAGCAACCAGUACGCUGGUGCCAAACGCAUCGACGGAACGUUUGACUACACGUUUGAAGCUCAAGACGACGGCGAAACCGACAACGGUGACGGAAGCAGCACUGCUUAAGGAACGAACAACCGCAUCAACAACCACAACGACGAGCACGACUGUUAAGCCGACGCAGGUAAGCGCAACGGAACGGACGACUGUGCGAUCUACUAUGCAACCGGUGGAAACAACACCGAAGCUACGAUCUUCAACCGUCCGACCUACGGAGAGCUCAACGACCGAGCAACCAACUGUGGCUAAAACGACCCAACAGCCGUCGACUACCUUCGCCGAAAUGACGCGCAAACCUACGAUAAGCUCAACCGGCCGGCCAACCGAAUCGAUCAAGCAUUCGACCGAAGGCCGGCAUUCGACAACAACUACCGAAGCACCGAUGCUACUGAAAUGGGCUGAAACAUCACUGGCCGCUGCGGUACGUCUUACGACGCAAGCACCAACGCUGAAACCGUCACAUCCGUCGACAACUUCACCUCCACCAACGGAGCCUCCGAUGGCUAAAGAAGCUACCGCAAUGGUACGUUCAACGGAAGCACCUACCAGCAGAACGUCGGAAGUGGAAUUACCGAUCGUCAAGACAACGGUUGCUUCUUUCGCGAAACAGACGGCUGCACCACCGCUGGAACUUCCGCUGGUGCCGGUAUCUACAGUGAAACCUUCCACCGAACAAUCCGUGGAACAUUCUUCCCAACGAUCGGAGGAGGUGUCGGAGGGUGAUAAUUACGUCGAGUAUUCUACCGAACAAUCGUCCGAAAAGUGGAGCGACGAUCACAGUGGUUCGGGUGAGUCUUUCACAGCAUCUGAAGAAACAUCCACUGGAGGAGCGACGCUGACCGCACUGGACGAAGCUGGACCGACCGUGAAAACUGUGGAGCCGGUGACGAUGGAUGUACCGGAAGUUAGUAACACACUCUCGCCGGCUAUUGGUGGCAAAAUUGGGGCAACGCAGCAAUUGUCUACCGAACAAGUGGAGAACGAUCAGACAGAGGAGUUAGAUGCCUUCAAGGAUUCGGAGGCGAGCGCCGAUGAAAGUGGUUCCACUGAGCAACUGUUCCAAACUACCGGCGGUUUAAGUACUUGGUUUAUGGAUCCUGUAACGCAGCUUAUUACCACACCACAGCGUACGCAAGACAGUGGAGUGGAUGAUCACCUGGAAACAACGUUCGCGACGGGAGGUAAAUUAGAUGCUGAGAUUGCAACCACAACUUCGUUCGAAGUCGACAGCUCAACGGCACAGGAUUCGACCGGUUACAGUGACGAACAAUCGGAAGAAUUGGAACUCACAACGUUAAACCGUUACAGCGAGGAAUCGACGACGACAGCCAACGCGGAGUCCUAUUUGUUGCAGACCGAAGCGGAGCAAACCAUGGCGCAAGACACAUCCACUAUUCCUACCGAUGCACAGCACGCUAUACACAAGAUCAUCGAGUCCCUCCAGUCGAUCAAUGACAACUCGGGAAGUGAGGAGUCAGAAGAGACCGACUUGCAGGAAACUGGCUACCCGGGAGAUGUUCCCGGCAUGCACUACGAUACGGAUGCGCAGAGUUCGAUCAAUGCCAUUAUCCAAUCACUUGGCCAGGGUACGCUGGGUGGUGGGGGUGGCGAGGCUGCGUUCUUUCCACUAACAACUGACACGAUCACCACACCGGCUGUGGAGCACACGACUUCGGUGGAAACAAUUGCUGCCAAAAUUAACACACCCACUAUGGUGAUUGAGAAAGAAACCAGACCACCAGUUCCGAGUUCAGUUCCAACGACAACGACGACUACCUCUACUACUGCUAGUACUACGACGACGAUGACACUGCCUGUACUGAAGACAUCGAAACCUGCGGUGAUGACGUCCGAGGAAGCGGACACGGCGAGCAAUUUCAACUACAACACUAACAUAAUGGACACGAUUGAAAAAUUCCUCAGCACCUUCGCUAGCCUGCCGAAGGAAAGCUCGUAUGCGGCGAAUUUGACGGAGCUGAACAUACUGAGCGAUUAUCCUGCCGAGAUAAACAUGACCGAUUACGUCGAUCGUACGGCUACGGUAGCAUCGGUACUGAAGUUUCCGCCACGGGGUGCUUCGGAGGUGUUGGAUGUUACGAGCGAGUCGGAAUCACUUGAAGAGAUCACACCGACCGAAUCGGUGUUGAUGCUGGCAGAUCAACAACCGAUUCUAAGCGAAACUGUCGCUUCUUUCAUGAAGCUUGGUGAAAUGCUCACCAUGGAUGCGAAGGUUAGCUCUACGGAGAUCCCGAUACCGGUACAGCUGGAAGUGAAAGCCGCUCUCGACGAGGAGGAAACGGAACUGUUGCGCUUCUUAUCGAUCUGCAGCAACUUGGGCACGAACGUGUACGGUUCCCUGACCGACGCAUCGAACGCACGGUCGAUGAGUGAUCAAAGUUUGGUAUAUUCACCGUUUGCCACGAUCACCACACUGUCCAUGCUGUUCCUCGGCACCCGUGGUGCAACGGCCGAAAACAUCAACGGUGUAAUAGGGCUCGACGAGAUGACCUCGUUCAAUCCGCACCUGUUUUUCAAAUCUGUUGCCGAAGAUCUCACGCCGAAGAAUCGCCGUGCCUCGGUGUUGGCGCACGAGCGUAACGCUGUCCAUCCGGACUCCACGUUCCAGAGGACGCUUCUGAGUGACGAAUCGCGCGGUGGUUUGCAGCGAUUCUUUAAGGCGCGCAUUCAGGAAAUUUACUCCACCGUCGCGGAAACGGUUGACUUUCGCCAGAAGGAUAUGCUGCUGAGGCAUAUGAAUGGGGACUUUCCGCGCGAGUAUGUGGACACGCUGAAACAAAUGCGAUCGCCGCUGGUGUCGAUCAGCAGGAAUCGGUAUCGCCAUGAAUGCAAUGGUGCAGACACGAGCUUUGGGGUGAUGCCGAUCGAUAGCCGACUUACCGAUCGUCCCUCGUCGGUUGUACCAAGUGUAACGUUCCGGUCCGGAUUUUCGACCGGUUAUUCGAAGGUGCUGGACGCUACCAUUCUUGCGUUGCCCGGUUCGACAAGCAAUGUGUCGGUGUAUUUCCUGAAACCCUCCACCGCUGGAGGCAUUACCGAGCUCGAGACCCAUCUCCGGAACCAGAGCAUAGCGAACGUGCUCAAACUGUUCCCCGAUGAGACGGUGCGAACUGCUUACGCCGAGGUGCAACUACCCCACUUCACGCAGACCACCAUCUUCAACAUGACCGAGAGCAUCCGGCAGCUGGGACUGCAGAACCUAUUCGAAGCAAACGUUGCCAACUUUAACGGAUUGCAAGAUUCGUCUACAUCGAACCUGUAUCUGUCGGAAAUCUUACAGACUGAUUCGUUUGCUCUGUGUGCGGGUAGUGAUACGGCCACCCGAAUCUUGCCGCUGCGUAGCUUCUCUACCAAUCUGAUCAAACACGACGGUCAGACCAUUGGCGAACGAUCGGACGAUCCUACAUCCGGCAGGUUGAUGUGGCGCAAUCGUCGCAAGCUUGCGUUCCGCAACCGGUCCGCUUCCGAUGAUCCAAACACGCCAAACAAGCUAGUGUUUGAUUCACCGUUUUUGUACUUGGUAAGACACAACCCGACAGGGAUGGUGCUGUACAUGGGACGCUAUGUAGGUAAUGCUUAA